GAUUACUCGCUGUCACAAUUCAAUUCUUCCUUCGGACCAUCGAAACGAUGUUCCUUUCUGCCGUAUCAUUCUUUACUACUCUCGUUUUCGAUACAGCCGGCGAUAAGUGUCAGUGCGAAAGCAUUGAAUCGCAUGACAGCUUUAUUGGCUCGCAAUUUGAUUAUUUGUAUUUAUCAGACAAUAUAUUUACUCCGAUGCUAACAGUAUCGAGCACCCCCAUGUAAAGUAUCGAGUAAGAAUUAACAAAUAUUUUAACCGAGAAUCUAUUUUUGGAGCAUGUAUCACCUCCCAUUAAUUCGUGUUUUUCUAAACGCUCGAAACUACUUUGGAAAGUAAAUUACAAAACUGAAUAUUUUCAUUUUCAUUUUCAGUUUUUAUUGCUGAAUUGUAAAUCGUGUCUUUUAGAUGAAUAGUAUUCGUUAUCUAAUGUAUAAAUCAUGUAAAUUUUAUGAGAAUAUUGAAUGGAAGGAUCCAUGGCUGGCAUUGUUAUUGACUUUUCAUAUUGCUGUUACAACCACUGCAUUGAUGACAAGGAACCAUGCCAAUUUUCAGAUUAUAUUAUUUCUAGCUCUAUUACUCUUGGUAUACUUUUCUGAAAGCAUCAAUGAAGUAGCUGCAUCUAAUUGGAGGUUGUUUUCAAGGCAGCAGUAUUUUGAUUCUAAUGGUCUCUUUAUAUCUGUAGUAUUUUCUGUACCUAUUUUGAUGAACUGUAUGAUAAUGGUAGCUAGUUGGCUGUAUCAAUCCAGUCAAUUAAUGACUAGCUUGAAAAGGGCCCAAUUAAGGCAACAAGCAAGAAACCGGCAAUUAGAAGAUGAAUCCACAAAUGCAAAUGGUACUGCUGUAAGAGAAAAGCAGGAUUAAGCUUUCUAGUCAGAUGACAAAAAGUGGCAAAUUGAACCAUACGCGUGUACAUUACUAUCUUACAAGCAGUAGCUUGUUUUUUUCUACCACGAAUGCGGUGGUGUAUAAUGGAAUUAUAAAAUUCGGCAAUUAUUCAACAUAGCAUUUCUGAAAAAGCUACUGCCGACAUAGCGAUUGCUGUAAUUCAUAUUGAAGUUGACUAGUUAAACUGUCGGUAGAUUAUGUUUCCAAUUUUGUGCCGUGUAUAUUAUAUAAUUAGAACGUAAAUUUGAAAUUCUUUAAAUCGUGUCUUAUUUAUUAAGAAUUAAUAAUAUACUGGAAUAGAAAACGAGACGCGUUAUUCGAAAAUCACGAAAAUUUAUGCGAGGAUAUUAUCUUAUAUUAAGGUACAUUCCGACAGUUUUCUUUUAAGUUGAAAUAUUCAUUACGAAUUCAAAGUGUUCUUAAAAUAUAACUAUUGUACUUAUUAUUGUAACAUCUACCGCUUAUUACAAAAGUUGAAAAACUACGGCAUAAUUAGGUAUUAAUCGCUCUUAGAAUUAUAUGUAAGUAUAUAUGCAUGUAUGAAUGAUGGUGUGAAUGAUUAUAUGGUAUUGGGUCAUUAAGUAUGAAACUUGACCUACUGGAAAUAAACUUUUUCAUUUUGUUGGCAAGUAAAAAUAAUUUAUUAUUAGUCAAAUUAAAAGAUAUUCGGGGAAAUUCAAAAUCCAAAAAUUUACAUUCUGACAUUUGUAAAAUUUCAUACUUAAUGAUCCAAUACGUAUUUUGGAAAAUAUUGUCUCAUGAAAGAAAUAUAUAUAUACAUUGUAAUCCACCUUCAAAUUGUGUGUCGUGUAAAUCAAUAGUUUCUUGCCGUCGUAACCUUUAAUAAUUAAUAAAUAUUCUUCUUUAAA